GAUACGAUUCGAACGCGUUUCGAGGAACGAACCUCCCUCCUCGGAAGUGGCUGCGCUUGGUAUAUGUGGUGUGUACUAAUCAAGUUGGUAUUUUUGCUUGCAAUUCUAGCGAUUACACUACUUUUUGAAUCAAUUGUGCAAAAGUGAGAGCAAAAGCAACUCGGAGAGCAGGAAAGAAGGAAGCCAUAGUGUGGUGUAGUGGCGAUUAGCACUUGCAAAACGAAAAAAAAUAUAGAUGUGGUUCAAGAGCUGAAGUUAUCAGUGUCUAGUGCUGGCACAGGCAAGUAAAGAGAGCAGUGAGAGCGCAAUGCGAUCGUUGUUUUUAAUCAGUUGAAUAAACAAAUUUUAUGAGAAUUUAGGAAUACGAACGAUUGCGGUUGGUAGUGCAAAUGUUUAAAAGUGCAAUAUAAACAUUUUGAAAAAGUUCAUUUAUAGUUAAGUGAUUUCAAUUAUUGACAUAGCUGAAAUCAUCUCUAAAUAGGUAUCAAUUGUGCAAUCAAACGGCAAUGUUGGUGAAUUAUUAGCAAGUGAAUGAAAUAGACCAGCCUUAACUUUGGCUCGUAAUUCGCCUUUAAUCAUUCUUAGAAGGUUCAACAAAUCACCACCCAAUUGGUACGAGACGGAACGAACAUAUUUCGCACGGGGAUUUAUUUUUAGCACGCAUCAUUCCUGUUCGUUGGUACAAGCUUCCUUUCUGUCUCUGGAGAGGAUAACCCGGAGAAGAGGGAAGAGAGAGGAUUUGUACGCAGUCGCCACCGUCGCGAGUGUGUAACUGCAACAAUAGCAGCGGUUGCAGCGUUUGAGCUUCACAGUCUAUCGGCAGACGGGAUGAACUAAGUCAGUUUAACAUACUCGUCGUGGAAGAAAGAACCUUAAAUUCGCGUCGGGAGACAAGAUUUGAACUUGCGAUCUUAUGUGCACGUUGUGAACCGCACAGGAAAAUUAAUUUGACUGAAAACUAACUAAGUGGUACCCGCUCAAUAGUGUUGAUAACUGUCGUUUACGAGGUAACGAAUAACACAACCUCACGAGUGGGUUCGUUCGAUGAGUGAGCCCCGCGAAAAACCUUCGAUCGUUCAGAGUUUGACAGUGUUGUGCAGUGCUUCACAAAAAGUUAUAGAGAGACGCAGCAGUGAGGGAACAAAGAAAAAUCUGCGGUUAUAUACCGACGAGAAGAGCAAUGCAAUCGUUGUGAAUGAAAACAACUAACGCACGAAAGUCCCGCCAAGAGGACUUGACCGCGUCUUACUAAAUACACAUUUGAUGGCGAUGAGAUUCGCCGGCGGCAGAGGAGGGUGCUUUUUGCUUAACCUUAAAAUACUUGUUUAAUUUUAUGACGCGAGAGAAAAUAAACCUCCUUUAAAAAUAGUGAGUCUCCAACCAAAGUAAACAAAUAUUCCUACUGCGAGUGUACUGAAAACGAGAUUGCGGUAUUUGAAGAAACACCAUGUGAUAGGUGUUUGUUGUUGCUGUCAUGCUUGUUGUGGACGCGACCCGAAGGAAGUGUUAACUUAUUGUUAUCUGAUUUGAUUGUGGUUUUAUUUUUUUGAGCUUCACUUAUUCACUCAAGCGACACUACGACUACAUUACGACGAGGUGUGAAUUACUUACAGAAAGGUGGAAAAUAACGGCAAAAAGCUUGGGGAAAGGAACAGCAUUGGCUCCAUUACUGCUGCAACGGAAGUUUGUUUGUGUUGCAAACGUUUUUGUUUAUUGGUUGACUGGACUUGGAUGGUGCUGAAUAAGCGACAAACUAAUUUGACUGUUGUGCCUUGAAACACAUGGUGUUCCAUCGCUUGGAGUCGCGCCGAUCGGCCCCGCUCUGAGGGGCCAUGACGUGUUGGCCCGUUCUAUUGCUCUCACUGCUCUCGGUGGCGUUAGCCAGCGCCCCGAACGUCGAUGGAACGUCCCAACCGUCAGCAGCCGGCUCUACGACUCUACUACAGUCGUCUCAGUCGGCUUCACCGCUAUUGGCUUUAUCAACCUUCCAGAGCAACGUAGUUCAGCAGCAGCAACAACAACCUCAAUUGUCACUGCUGCCACUUCCUCAGGCACAGCAUUCGCAUGUUUCAGGAAUAACUUAUAUCCCGAAACUUACGACGAGUUCGCGCCAUCAAAAGUUUAACAACAAUCGUACCCAGCUAGUAGUCGGAUAUCUCACCGCACUGAAAGGUAACAUGAAAGACAAGCAAGGUCUCACAAUUUCCGGAGCGCUGACGAUCGCUUUGGAGGAGAUUAACGAUGAUCCAGAUUUGCUACCCAAUGUGACGCUGGCGUUGCGAUGGUACGACACUCGAGGCGAUACAGUUAUUGCCACUCGGGCCAUCACAGAAAUGAUUUGCGAUGGAGUGGCUGCCAUAUUUGGACCAGAAGGAACCUGCAAAAUUGAAGCAAUCGUGUCGCAAAGCCGGGACAUUCCGAUGAUCUCUUAUAAAUGUUCGGAGCUACAUCGAAACACACCUAUUCCUACGUUUGCCCGAACCGAGCCACCUGAUACUCAGGUCACCAAAUCCAUCAUUUCGUUGCUGAUGUACUACGGAUGGAAAAAAUUCUCCAUCAUUCAUGAGGAGAUGUGGAAAAACGUAGCGAUUUCACUGGAAAAUCAAGCAAUGCUGAACAACCUGACCGUCAACCACGUGGAGGAGGUUAUCGACAAUCACAAGUGCUGCGAAAACAGUCUGGAUUGUUGUCGUAGUGGAUAUUGGUAUACGAUAAUACAAAACACAAUGAACCGGACCAGAAUUUACGUAUUCCUUGGAACUCCAAACGCACUCGUCGACAUGAUGACACAAAUGGAUGCGAUGCAGUUGUUUGCGAAGGGCGAAUAUCUGGUGAUUUUCGUGGACAUGAUGACGUAUUCAUUGAAGGAAUCGAAAAAAUACCUGUGGCGGGCGGAUCGUGUAUCCCAUUAUAAAAACUGCAACGAAAUGGAUCCAUUUCUGCUAAGGGGUCGUAGCCUACUGGUGGUGGUCGCAUCUGAGCCGCAGCCCGAGUUUGAACAGUUCACCACCAAGGUCCGAUCAUACAAUCAGCGAGAACCUUUUUCGUUCAAAACACCGACGCUAUUUCUGCCGUACACAAAGUAUGUGUCAAUUUAUGCCGCUUAUCUGUAUGACUCAGUCAAGCUGUACGCCUGGGCUUUGGAUAAACUGCUAAAAGCAGAGCGAAAUCAUCGACCGUUAACGAGCGAGGUGAUACAGGAAGUAGCCAGCAACGGAACACGCAUCAUCGAGACCAUCAUUCAGAACAGAACCUAUAGAAGUAUCGCUGGUGCGAUGAUCCGAAUCGACGAGUUUGGUGAUUCCGAGGGAAAUUUUUCGGUAUUGGCUCUAAAGAUGGACCUGUACACAGAAGGCAACUUCUCCUGCGACUAUCAGAUGAAACCAGUAGCACAUUUCCAAAUGCGACCGCUUCCACAGAACCACGAUUCCAAUCAAAAGCGAAACGAUGAAAUCCCAGAGUUUAAACUGUCCAAGGCCGGUAUCACGAUCGACUGGGCUGGCUCGGAACGGCCGAUGGAUGAACCAUCCUGUGGUUUUUUGAAUGAGCACUGCAUGAAGGAUGAAUCGCACAUCACCUCAAUGGUGAUUGCGGGCGUUCUGGCGCUGAUUUUGUUUUGUGCCGGUGUCAUCACGAUGAGCAUCUAUCGUAAGUGGAAGAUAGAACUCGAAAUUGAAGGUCUCCUGUGGAAAAUUGACUCAAGCGAAAUUAAAGGUUACUUCAACACGGAAAUCGUAUCGUCACCUAGCAAACUCAGCCUGGCCAGUGCCCAGUCCUUUGGGUCACGUUGUUCGAAUCAAGUGUUCACGCCAACCGCCCGGUUCCGUGGUGUUGUAGUUCGCAUCAAAGAGCUGAAAUUUCCCCGACGGAAGGAUAUCUCGCGGGAGAUUAUGAAAGAAAUGCGGCUGCUAAGGGAUUUGCGGCACGAUAACAUUAACAGCUUCAUCGGGGCUUGUGUGGAACCGAUGCGAAUUUUACUAGUCACUGAUUAUUGUGCCAAGGGUAGUCUGUACGACAUAAUCGAAAACGAGGAUAUCAAGCUAGAUGAUUUAUUUAUUGCAUCAUUAGUGCACGAUUUAAUUAAGGCAAUGAUAUAUAUUCAUAGUUCAGCUUUAAACUGUCACGGUAAUCUGAAGUCAUCGAAUUGUGUUGUCACAUCACGCUGGAUGCUUCAAGUAACAGAUUUCGGUCUGCAUGACUUACGACAUUGUGCCGAAAAUGAGUCAAUUGGCGAACACCAGCACUAUAGAAACUUAUUCUGGAAAUCACCGGAACUGUUGCGGCAGCCACACAUUUACGGUAGUCAGAAAGGGGAUGUGUACGCUUUCGCCAUCAUAUUGUUUGAGAUUAUCGGACGGCACGGCCCAUUCGGCUACAGCGAUCUGGAGCCGAUUCGGAUUGUGGAAUUGGUAAGGGCAUACCCGGAACCAGGGCAGGAGCCAUUUCGCCCGGACAUUGAAAGCAUAAUCGAAAACGAAAUCGUUCCGGACUAUGUAAUCAACUGUGUUCGGGACUGUUGGGAUGAAAAUCCGGAACAACGGCCAGAUUUUCCCACCAUCAGAAACAGGUUAAAACGUAUGCGAGGGGGUAAGUCAAAGAACAUCAUGGACCAAAUGAUGGAGAUGAUGGAAAAGUAUGCUAAUAAUUUGGAGGAGAUCGUUCAGGAUCGAACGCGGUUGCUUUGUGAGGAGAAGCGUAAGACGGAGGAUUUACUCCACCGAAUGUUACCUCAACCGGUGGCUGAGAAGUUGACGAUGGGUUUGGGCGUAGAACCAGUAUCAUACGAUUCGGUGACAAUUUAUUUCAGUGAUAUCGUUGGUUUUACAGCGAUGUCAGCUGAAAGCACACCGCUACAAGUGGUCAAUUUUCUCAAUGAUCUUUACACGGUGUUCGAUAGGAUCAUCAAGGGGUAUGACGUGUACAAGGUGGAGACAAUUGGUGAUGCAUAUAUGGUGGUAUCCGGCCUGCCCAUCACCAACGACAAUCGCCACGUUGGGGAAAUUGCAUCGAUGGCAUUGGAGUUAUUACUAGCUGUCAGAACACAUCGAAUAUCGCAUCGUCCAAAUGAAACACUUAAGCUACGAAUCGGCAUACAUACUGGUCCAGUGGUGGCCGGUGUCGUGGGACUUACAAUGCCUCGGUAUUGUCUAUUCGGCGAUACGGUAAAUACGGCCUCUCGAAUGGAAUCUAAUGGAGAGGCAUUGAAGAUUCACAUAUCACCACAGUGCAAGGCCGCACUAGAUCGAUUGGGAGGCUAUGUUACAGUCGAACGAGGCAAGAUCUCAAUGAAAGGAAAAGGUGAAGUAAUGACUUAUUGGUUGGAAUCGGCUACCGAGAACGCUAUCCAGAAGCAACCAGUUGACGUACGAGAUCUACCUCCCCCUCUGUUUUGUAGGCCGAGGCGAUCGCCUAAACUAACUUAUGACUCUCGGCAUCCCAGCAUCACCGGUUUUGCCAACUUCGUCGCUGGUAGCCGAAGGCAAUCCAGUGCACACAAAGAUCUCGAAAGCAAUUACAGUCUGCAAGGUUCGAUGUUCGGACCAUCGGUGAGGAACUCACCACGUAUGAAUCAACGGAGAUUAGAACAUAUUCCACGGUAUAUCAAUGAUGACUCCCAAAGUACUUUAGAACAGCGAAAUGCAAUAGAUAGAACCGAAUCUAGUGAUAGUCUAGUGAAAAAAGUCAUAUUCAACAAUAGUAGUAAGAAAUUUAGAGACAAACUCCGUUCGAUUGCAUCAACAGAUGAUUACAGCAAGAUCUGCUCCUCUGGGCCAUUUUUGCGAGAGAGCCGCUCAUUGGAUCCAUUCCCGAGUGACGUGCGCAAGCGAUUGGAAAGUAUUAAAAUGGACAAAAAACCUCGCAUGGCAUCGAAAGGAUCCACCUCGCUGGAGGCUGGUGUCUCUACCAUCAGUAAUGAGGAUAUUGACACUGAGCUGGCGGGGAAGAUGAUUAUCUCGACAGUGCUCGAAGACACCGGCCCGGGUGAUGAGUACAAAUACCUGAACAAUAAUUGCAACGGUUCAAUUGGUAACAACGAAGAAUCGCAUUGUCCAUUGUUGAUGCGCCAAACAUCGCUGGUGACGCCUGGCCAAGAGGACAGUUUGAGUACGCACAAACGAUGGUACUCGUUGGAGAAUGUAGUCGUUCCAGAUGAUGACAAUUGCAGCAAGAAGUCAUUGACGCGAAGUUCAAUCAAAUCCUGGUUAGUGGGUUUCAUCCAUGGGAACGGAUUCAAGACGAGUGAUUCUAGUUUACGUAAGGUAGGGGUACUUCCGGUAGGAGUGACCGGUGUUACGGGUUUCGGCGAGCUACAGUCCACGCCCGAAAAGGAAAGUAUGGUUUGAUAUAGUAUCGUACGACGGGUCGUUUGUAGGUAAUUGCGUAUGUAUGUGUGUAACAAUAUAUUGUAAAAAGAAGGAGAUUUUAACGUGUAUUCGACGAGACUGAACAGAUGGCUUGGUGAUGAUACUACGAGAGUGGCUGUCGAUUAUUGGAUUUAUAUAGAGGCCUAGUUGUUAUGUAGAAUCGGCAGAAUUUUAUUCAUCAGUAAAUAAGCUUAUACGAGUAUAGUCUGAACUGGGCUAUGAAACGAGGGAAAAGACAAAAAGAGGAUUUUUUGGCAAUUUAAGCCUUGGAAUUCUAUUACAACAUGUCCACUGCAUAAUACAGGUAUACCUUCGCUUCGUUUAGUGUACGUACUAUCGAAAUGUACGUACUGUCGAAUGAGAAAAAUAAUUUUCAAAAUAUUACUUAUGUUUAAUAUUGAAUGAAACUUUAAAAAAAUUAUUAGUGAAAGUUAUGGUUUCCAUAAACCAAAUCCAUACAGCAAUUUCUUGAUCACGUAUAGUUCCUUGGCUUUCUUCUUCGUAAGAUCAUAGAAUAUCUCCGAAAUUUGAAAAAAAAAAACGAAAGCAUUGAGACAUCGCUGAAUAUUAUACCUCCAUGAUAUUCGCAUAAUUUUUUUGAUUUUGGUAGCAUUGCCAUGAGCAUUUCCCCAAAUUUAUUAGGUUUUUGUAGGAGUUUGGGAGUUAUCCUGAAUUUAUAAAAUCCUGAAAUUUAUAAAAAAUUACAGAAGAUAUUCUUGAAUCUGGGACGUUCCUGAAUUUUUCUAUGAAGUCAUCAAUCUAAAAAGCAGAAGGAGUGAUUUUUGUAUAUUUUAUUGCGGUCUUAUACAUGGUGCCAUGGAUCACUUCCUAGCUGAAGCUACUGUUUUGUGGGCACGAUGGCGAUAACAAUUCUUUUCAGAUACAGGAUCACAGAUUAUUUUUUUGCUCCACAUAGUUUUUGAUUGUUUACUCCUCAUACUUUUUUUCGAUUGUAGAGGUUUUAACCUUAAGGUCAUUCGCCUCUUCGGGUUAGAAAAAACUCUUAUGAAAAAUUUCUAACCCUAUGUGCGGAGCCGGGAUUCAAAUCCAGGUACGCUGCGUACAAGGCAAUCGAUUUACCAACUACGCUACGCCCACCCCCUAUUCCUCAUACUUUUUAAUGAACCUCGAAAUCGGAAAAAACCUCGAAAAUAUUUGCGUAGACAAUAUGAUUUUAAAUAAAAAUUAUGAAGGCAUUUGAGCUAAAAGUCAUAUAAACAAAAAUUUUGGACUAUGCGAAAUAGGUCUUACUAGGCUAUAAACUAUUCUUUGAACCAUACCAAUAUAAUGCAUAUUUUUUUAAUCACGCACACAAGAUCCACAAAGUAGGUAUUGAGAAAAAAACUCUCACUUAGCUGUGUUUGUCCAGCUAUGUGAUUAGUAUGAGCCUACAUUAAAACCGCUAAUCGUGCGAAUUUCGCCCAUUUCAUUCACAACAUUCAGCUUCUAGAAUGACUCAGCACUCAAAUUUUAUGUACAUAAUGUUUGAAGAUCGAUUAUCAAAAAUCGUUUUAUCAUCACUCUAGAUAAUUAGUAUGACCUCAAAAUUGUCCAAAGUCUUGUUUGAUGUUCGAAUUUUUUCGAUAUCAGACAGAUUUCCUUGAAAUUAGUAAGAGUUCUUUGAAGCUUGUGGGGCAUGCCGUACCUAAAGCUUGCAGAGCUUUUUCGAUAUUCGUCAGACUUUCUUAAUUUUGUAAGUUUUUCUAGAAAUACUUUGUUGAAGUAAAAGGCGAGUUUCAUGAAAUAGAUUUGAGGCUCGUAUUCAUUUUUUGAAGUUAGUUUACAUAGAAAAUCUCAGAAGUUUUAAAUGUUUCCUAAAUCCCACACGACUUUCUAAAAGUUCAAAAUUUGACGACAAAUUAUAACUGGCAAGAGUGUCGUACAAAUUGUCAGAAGUUCUAAGAAUUUCCUUGUAAGUUAGCCAUCUCCCGAAAUUUAAAGAACUUUCUCAUAGCUUACAAGACAUCCUCAAACCUUGUAGAUUUUGUUUAUACUCUAUACAUUUCUACAAUGAAUUUAUGGUUUCUUUAAAGCUUUAAAUACCUUUCUGAACUCUUCAGAACUACUCUGAGUAGCACAAAACUUCUCUAAAGUAGGCAGAAGUUCCCUAGAAACUCAUAGAAUUUUCAUUAAAUUUCUCCCAUUUCUCUGAAAACUUCUUUCAAAAUCAAACGAAACAAAUUGUUGAAGUGUAGGUAUCUAAGAAAAAUGUACGUACUCUCAGGGAGCGUACUAUAGAGGUAUAGUUUGCGGUGGGCCUUGGGGUGACAUUGAGUUCUUGUCAGCCAGUCUCACGAACACCAAUGCAGCUUACUGGUUGAAAACAAUCCCAUUUGCUUUUGCCGUCUUUGUUUAUUAUUUUCCACCAGUUAGUGAAGUAGUAUUUGUGUCAUGUGACGUGUACGUACAUGAGCCGUAGAAAAGUCUAUUGCGCAUCUCGAAACGAAAGGUUUAUUUUAUGCAAGCUUGUAUGAAAAAGUCGAUUCGAAAUGGUUCCAUAACGUCGCCCCUGGAUUUAACUAUUCAUUUAUUCCAAGAGUGACUUUCCGAUGUUUUUGUUUAUUGAGCUAAGGGGAUAUAUACAAAGUUAAUGUCCAAAACAUCGAAAAAUUUUGCAUUGUUUAUUCUGAAAGUACAUAUCUUCUAAAAUAUCUGUCUCCGAAUGUCACCUUAAUCGGAGCACUAGAUUAAAAAUUACUGUCGUUCGCAGUGCGCUGGUUUCAUCCAUUAGCAGCUGGCAUCCAAAAUUUUAAACGCGAUUAUCUCGGACUGGAGUUUUUUGAAAAGUGCCGCUACGGUAAACGUGAUAUAUAAAAAAAAAUUCAAUCGACUUGAAGUUCUUUUGUAAACCUACUGCUAGAACUUUGCGUCGAACAAUGUUGAAACAGUAAUAGCCACAAUUUCAAUUGUUAUAUGAUAGGGUAAAUGCUGUUGUAAAUUACCUAUGAUAGGGUAAAUGCUAUUGCAUGCUUUUGAAGCAUACUGUAAAUUCAAACAUUAAAAAAGAAAUUUUAGUGGAGAAAGCUGUAAAAAUCUGUAUCGUGUAUAAAAAAUUUGUAUUAAAUCUUUAUUCUGCAUCAGAUCUGUAUCUGUUCUAAAAACUAUAUAAAACAGACAAAUCUGCAUCAAUGGCAUCUCUGCUUGAAUCGCAAACUUGUCGUUUUCACAUUUUUCUUUGUGCGUGUUAUGUUCAAAUAGUUUUCGCGCUGCUCCAUUUUUCGUUGGCGUAUUUUGCUCUUUGCGAACAUUAGGUUUGUUCCAGUACCAGGAGAAACUGGAAUUACAAAGGAGAAAAUCGUUCCUAUAUUCUCUUUUUCCUUCGAGUAAAAAGAUGCAAUUUUUUUCUCCAGUUUGCUCCGGAGCAACUUCCGUGUACUGGGAUAAAUCUAUUAUGUGCCAACAUAAUAAGCCUGGUUCGAGCCCGACCCGAGAUUCAGACUUUGUACCGGAGCAACUUCCAUGUACUGGGUUAAACCUGUUAUGUGCGGACUUAAUAAGCCUGACCCGAAUUCGACUCGAGAUUAAGAUUUUUUAUUAAAAA